GUUUUACGAUACCCGGGAGAGACAUGGAAAUCUUGUGAAGGGAGCAUGCGGUCUCCAAAAUCUCGGCAAUACUUGCUUCAUGGCUUCAGCUCUCCAGUGCCUUUCGAAUGUCCCAGAACUCACAGAGUAUUUUUUAUCCAAUCGCUAUAUUGCGGAUAUUAACGAGAGAAAUCCACUUGGCACUCAUGGAGAGUUGGCCAGAGCUUACGGUGAUCUUCUGCAUAGCAUGUGGUCCGGAGAGAAUUCGAGCGUUAUGCCUCGUAAAGUCAAGGUAUUCCACAUCUUUUUCCCUUUUCUGGUGUAUCGCCUUGAAGUAAUGUUGAUUGCCUUUGUCAUGCUUCCAUCACAACCUUUUAUGACGAUCGGUCAAUUCGCUCCAAGAUUCAGCGGCUAUGCCCAGCAGGAUUCGCAAGAGUUGCUAGCUUACGUCUUAGAUGGCUUACACGAAGAUUUGAAUAGAAUAAAAGUGAAGCCUUAUGUCCCAGAUGAUGAAGCAUUGGAAAGAUUGGAGGAACACGAGCAAGCUGAAAAGUCGUGGUUGGCUUAUAAAGCUCGUAAUGAUAGCAUCAUUGUUGACCUUGUUCACGGACAACUAAAAUCAACCCUAGUAUGCCCGGUGUGCGCUAAAGUCAGUAUAAAAUUCGACCCGUUUUGCUUCUUAUCGUUACCACUUCCACCGAAAGAAAAAGUUAGGCAGAUCGUCACGUUGAUAUUUAAUACGAAGAGGCGAUGGGCAAAGGUGAAUUUUGGUUCUUGAUG